ACUAUCACACAAACCAUGGCUAAGCUAUAUUUAACCGAGCAGGUCAAACAUUAAAGUAGGCUAACGUGGUGUGAAUACUAUUAGUAUAGAAAUAGUUGUCAAUAUUAUUGUGAGAAUGGCUCAUGUGAACACUUACCGAACAAAUGUGAGAAUCGGAAACUGGAACGAGGACCUGUACUUAGAGGAGGAUAAAAAGAAGGAGUAUCUGGAGAAAAAAGAGAGGGGUGAGCUGUCUGCCCAGAAAGUGGACUUCCUCAAGCAGAACAUUUUGAGACCGGUGGAUCUCACUGUGACAAAUGAUGGACAAUUGCACUUUGGGGAUGUUGUGAUGUUGGUGAACAUGGGAGGAGAAAAGAGGCAGUGCAGUGCACUGAGCAUUAACGCUGACAUUAACAGUUUGACAAAGACUCCUUCACUUGCUAUUCAAGCCCCAUGUGGGGUCAGUGCAGGAAGAGGUAUUCAGGCUUGCACGCGCACUGCCUUCAUCAUAACCAGUGUGGACGGCAGCCAGGAAGGAUCGACUUUGCAUUACGAGCAAAGUUUUGCCCUGAAAACAACGAGUGGCUUUGCUGGAGGACUUUUCUUGACGAGUGACCUGCAAAGUUUUCAAAAGUGUGCAAAAAAGUCCCGCCUGCAAGAAGUAAACUUGGAUCAUGGCGGUUCCUUUCUGUCAUGGUGGAAGAUAGUUCACUUUGACCCUCAGGAGAGGCUUGAAUAUGAGGGUCAGCCAAUUCCUGCUAAUGUGAGCGUGCUGAUCAUACACUGCAAGACAAACCAGGCUCUUGCUGUUCUGGGUGAUCAUAUCCUUUGGAACAUGUAUGACAAAGAGUAUGAGAUUACGGCACACACCUUCCUGGACUCCCACAAAGCUGAGCAGGACAGCAACCACUGGAUACUGUGCACCUCUGACCCUGCAGGGAAAGGGCUCGUACUUCUCAACCACCCACAGUCAGCCGCCAACAGCAAGGAGCUCACGCAGGCAAACCCUGGCAUCUAAAUCACACAAUCCACUAUAGGGCAGAAAGAUUCCGCAUCAUUAACAACACCUAAACCUUUAUCGAAAUAAAGUUGUUUUUUGCUCUGUUUGGGUCACUGAUUUUUUUUCCUUUUUAAUACAAAGAGAUUCCAGGAUGGACUCCCACCAGAGCAUUAAGGUUAUAUGAUACACAUCGGCCUGCCAAGCCACCGGGAGGUUCUGUAGAAAGAAGCAUUUGAUAUGUUUCUCCACACAACACUUACAUUGUUUUAGUUGGAGAAUAGCAUAAGACACUAACUGUGAUAUUGGACAGUAGGACAAAUUGGGUCAAUUUCCCAUGCAUUUCAAACUUCCCCGGAAAUACCUUUUUAAGUGAUGGUGAUGAGAAAUGGGGAUGAAGGAGCAAUCAAGAAAAAACAGUCCUCAUCAGCUGACUUAAUGCAGUACUUUGAACAUGUUAGUCUACUAAGGAUAGGAUUCAAAGUGCCUCUACUUGAGCUACAUUUACACACAUGCUGUCUUAUAACGUGAAAAUAUUCUAAUAUGCUGUGGUUUUGUAAGACUGCUACUUCUAACUCUUUACUUGGUGA